GAGAGAGAGAAGAAAAAGCCUGCGUGUGCACUUGAAGACAGUGCAGAAGACUGUGAGGGCGCACAGCAACCGACACGAGAGGAGUGCAGCUUACACACGGGGGAUACCUGCGAGUGCCACUGUUACCUCUGAUUGCUUCGGACUCAAUCUGUCAAACAUUUCCGAUUCAUCUCUCUCUCUCUUCGCUUUGCGCUUAGCCACAUUGUCAUCAUGUCCGAGAUACUGCCAUACAGCGAGGGGAAAAUGGCGAGCUAUGGAGCGGACAGUGAUGUCGGUCAGAUUUCCUUCAGCUGCCGGCUGCAGGACACCAACACCUUCUUUGGGGGACCCCAAGGGAAACGACCCCCUAAGCUUGGGCAGAUCGGCAGAGCCAAGAGAGUUGUGAUCGAGGACGACAGGAUAGAUGAAGUGCUGAAGGGGAUGACAGACAAAACCUCCCCGGGAGUCUAAGCUGAAUCUCACCUCUGCGGACUUUUUUUCAAGUGAUUUUAAGCGCUUUGGGCAGCUGUGCAUGUGAUUGUGGAUUGUAAAGAGACAGAGGGAUAAAAAAACUCUUUGAGAAAAGAAAAACAAUGAAAGAAAAGAAACGAGAAUCAUAAAAAGGAAAGGGAAGAGAAUGAUAAAUAGGGAGAGUGAGAGAGGAAAAAAGAGAGCGAGAGAGAUUGAAAAGGGGAAAUGAAAUUAUUGGGGUUGCUGGCAAAUCUCCAAACCAAAACCGAUUUUAACCCGCCGUUAUGCAGUCUACUUGCUGCGCAGCUUUUCUUUUACUAUCUCGAGUUGUGAAUAGCGAAGAAUGGACAUCUCAUUUCAGGGCCAUCUUCCACCAACAUGCGCUGUAAAACUAAAGAACCCUGCAAGCGGGAAACAUUUCGAGCUCCAUUUCUGUAGCUGUACAGUCAAUACGCUUCAAGGUUUAUCAUUGUGUAGUGUUAACGCAUUUCGUUUACCAACUCGCACAUUCUGUAAGACACGCACACAGUAUGGCCUGCGCUGCGCGGCUUUCCCCGGGGAACUGUCCAUUUCAGCACCACUUCAGUGGAGAGCGCCACUUCGCAGCACCGCCACAUAGGCCAGAGGAGUCUGCAUUUUGCAGAGCACCAUUCACGGUGAACACUAUCACAAAGCACUUCCAGAAGGGCUGGAUAAUUGUAAUCUGGUUCGGAGUUUCUCUUUUUUUUCAAGACAUGUAUGUAUCUUAAAAAAGCCAAAUCAAUGCAUUAUUUUGGCGCUCUUGAGCGCUCUAUUCAUUCAAGCAGUGUACACGUAAAGAGUCUUAGCUGCUUCUUACAUCUUCCAUUUACUGCGAUAUAAGGACCACUUUCAUUAUUAGUGAUGUUAUGGUGAUAAUGUAUUUAAAUAAACUCACCUUUGGAUAAUUAGGAACUCCCUGAAGCCAUUCCCAACAUGGUCCUUAAGAAGGUCUGAUUGAGCUAAUGGCGGUGGGGAUGGCAAAACAUAAAGAGUAAUGAGGAGAGUGUGAAUGUAAAUGUGUGUGUGUGCGCGUGUGUAAUAUAUAUUAUAUAUAUACAUAUAUAAUGUAAUUUUAAAGGACUGGAAGAAAAAAUUUUAUUUAAACAAAGUUGAUAAUAAAUUUCAUCACUUUGCAUGACCUUUGAAAUCCUGGUGCCAAUGUUAGGUACUGUUAGUCAUGAACACCCUGGCACGCUUCUUUUUAACAAAAUUCAUAUUUGUAUUUUUAUAUCUGAAUCUUUGUUAUUUAAAAAUAUGCUAGUCUAACGUCUUAUGAUUCAUCAACAGAACGUUUGUAUUUUUGGUGAGGAUCUCCACAGUGAAUUCAAUGGAGAUACUGAUGGAUUUCUUAUUGUUUGUCUCAUGCUAUAUCAGUAUUGGAAAUUAGAAAAAAAGACUUAUUGAAUGUGUUUCGGUUUUUGCACACAUCAAUGUGAAAAUAUUUAUUGAGAAUUCUUAUACUGUGACUUUGAGCAUUGUUGAUGGAUUUGUUAGAAAAGACAACUUUAGAAAAUAUUGCACUGUUUACGAGAACUCUCAAAUAACUAAUGGUUAUUUGGCAGUAUUCUUUUUUUUAAACAUUGGAAGUUGUGUUUUUUAAUUUCUUUUGUACCAUUCUUUUGACUAAUAUUAAAAAUAAUAUGGUUUGUUGUGCAUGGAACCUUCAUAUUUUCAAUAAUUAAAAACAAAAACAUCAUUUUAUGAAUACAAGCAAAAAAUGUCAUGACAUUCUAAGAAUGAUUCAUUGUAAAUUACAGAGCCAUUUUCACUGUAUUUGGUGAAUUAAUAAAUGGUGAACGAUACAAGAAUACUU